AAUCACUGAAAGCUGAAGAUGGAUAUUAAGCGUGUGAAGGACUAUAUCUAUUGGCUGUACUACCAGUACCUACUGAUCACCUGCAGCUAUGUGCUGGAGCCCUGGGAGCGGUCCAUGUUCCACACUAUCACCGUGACUGUUUUCGCUAUGGUGGUGUACACAGCUUACGUCUUCGUCCCCAUCCACGUCCGCCUGGCUUUUGAGUUCUUCUCCCAGAUAUUUGGAGGCCAGCCCGAAAGCACAGUUUCCAUCGUGAACUGA